AGGGGGAACCGAGGGAAGACUCCCGAUUCCUCUGGUGGAUGUGCCUCUAAGCCAGAGAAAGCAGGCAAGGGGGGAGGCUGGAGGCCCCCCCUCCGUCGCCUCCAUUGCUGCAGGACCCUGGACAGAAGCCACGCGGGACACGAGCCCCUCCCUGCACUGCGGUCUGAAUCCAGAUCGUCAAGGCAGUGGAGGAGGGGAAACGGGGUUUGAAGCCAGACCACCGGGCUGAGACGGCACCCUGCUGGCUGCUGGCUUUGUUCAGCUCCUCGCACGUUUCCUCCUCCCUCCUCCUCCUUCACCGGCGCCAUGGGCACCGUGUUGUCCCUUUCGCCCAGUUACCGGAAGGCCACCCUCUUUGAAGACGGCUCGGCCACGGUGGGGCAUUACACGGCCGUCCAGAACAGCAAGAAUGCCAAGGACAAGAGCCUCAAGCGCCACUCCAUCAUCUCGGUGCUGCCUUGGAAGCGCAUCGUGGCCGUCUCCGCCAAAAAGAAGAACUCCAAGAAGGUGCAGCCCAACAGCAGCUACCAGAACAACGUCACCCACCUCAACAACGAGAACCUAAAGAAGUCCCUUUCCUGUGCCAACCUCUCCACCUUCGCUCAGAACCAGAGUGCCCAGCCGCCGGCCCCAAACAACCAGAUCUCCAACUCCAAGAGCGCCCUCUCCUCUGUCAAGAAGACCCCGCACCCCAACACCAAUUCCUCGGGGACUCCCAAGAGGGUGAUCGUCCAAGCUUCGACUAGCGAGUUGCUCCGGUGCCUGGGCGAAUUCCUGUGCCGACGGUGCUACCGGCUGAAACAUCUCUCGCCCACCGACCCAGUGCUGUGGCUCCGGAGCGUCGACCGGUCUCUUCUCCUGCAAGGCUGGCAAGACCAGGGCUUCAUCACCCCGGCCAACGUUGUCUUUCUGUACAUGCUUUGCCGGGACGUCAUCUCUUGCGAGGUGGCCACCGACCACGAACUGCAAGCCGUCUUGCUGACCUGCCUCUAUCUCUCCUACUCCUACAUGGGCAACGAGAUCUCCUACCCUCUCAAGCCCUUCCUGGUGGAGAGCUGUAAAGAGGCCUUUUGGGAUCGCUGCCUAUCCAUCAUUAACCUCAUGAGUCCCAAAAUGUUGCAGAUCAAUGCCGACCCGCACUAUUUCACUCAGGUCUUUGCUGACCUGAAGAACGAGAGCAGCCAGGAGGAAAAGAACAGGCUCCUCAUAGGCCUCGACCGGUGAGCGCCGAUGCAGCGGGAAACCAUACUUUUUCCUCUUUCCUUUUUUAUUUUUGGUCCUUCCUUUAUGUUCUUUUUUGUUUCCAAAACAGACUAGGACACAAAGCUAAGGCUGGACAAGCCUAAAGGAGGACUCCAAGCUAGCGUUCUCCGCCACCCAUGGUUGGCUUGGCUUCUCUGAAGUGAAAUGAAAUGGGGACGAUGGGAGUUUGGCCUCUUUAGGUAUCUAUUUCACUGCAUGUGGCAGAUGGGACUGUAUCUCCUCUUCGAGCAGAGCAGGAGCGAAGGCCAAGCACAGCCACGCAUGACUUGCAGCGCCUCUUUGCCAGUUGUUUUUGCUGCCAACGGGAUCUUAAUUCCUCGUGGUGGAUUGCGGCAGAGAAAGCAAAGAGCAUCUUAUGCUCCUUGGGAAAAAAAGAGCGAUCAGAUCCACUGGAUGUUUCAGCGUCUGGCAUUCCAGAAAAAAAGGGAUCAAAGAAUGGGAUUUCCUUUUGUUUAAAUGGACUUACUUUGCACACACCGACUUGAGCAAAAUGACACCAACACAGUAUUGUCCUGCAAAAUGGACUCUUUCUUGCAUGAAAACGGGGUUGCCUUGAGAACCAGGCCUAUUGCUGCCCCUCUGUAUGUUAUCACCUCUGCCACCCCUUUCACGGGGGGCAACAUCUUGGGCUCCGUGGGGCAAUCUCAAAACAUCAGAGCUAAAAGGUAAAGGAGAGGCUUGGGGAUUGUGUCCUGUUAAAGCACCCGAGUAAAAUCAAGCGAGGGAGCCUGGAGAACCUGUGGCCUACUGCAUGUUGCCGGACCUCAACUCCCAUCAUCCUGCACCAUAGGAUUUCAUGGGAGUUGAGGUCUGACCUCUGAAGGGUCACUUGUUCCCCACCCUGUCAAUAUGGAGUAGGGGCUGUAUUCAAGAUGGCCUCCAGCUGCAAUUCAUUUUUGCUGGGUUAUUUUUAUUUUAUUGUAUUGUAUAAUUUGGCUGUUUCCAAGCAGGGUGACCACAGUUGUAUUGUGGCCAUUUGAACUGCCGGAAUAUAAUUAUCCCUUACCAAGGAUCGACUUAACUGGAAAGUGUGGGAAUGAUGUCAUCUACAUUCUCACGAGUCCACGUUGGUUUAUCCAACGAUGCUGAACCCCAUAUGCGACUGGUAUUAUGGGUACCUCCAGUCCCUUCCCUUGAGUUGAGGAUUUAGCCAAUUGAACACUAUAUGAGUUGGGGGGAGGGAAGAGCUCUGGGGGAGAAGACUAAGAGAAUGCAUUGAAUAACAAUAAUAAAAGCAAGAGAUCCAUGAUGUUUGACUUAACGGUUCCGAAAACGGAUUGUGUCUAAAAUUACCAAUCUGCAGCAUAUACAAAAAGGUAAAUAGAUUUUCUGUUUUGUAUAUUCUGUAGGUGUAUAUGGCCAAUGCUUCUCUUGAGGCACCAAUCUGUUUGUACGAUAAUCAUCCUUUCCCUACUGACCCCGCAAACCAUAUGCCAGCACUUGAUAAUUUCCAUUUAUUCUUGUAAACAUUCAGUGCCAUCUGAUGCUUUGUACAUUUCAGUUGUUUUGCUUAGCUUUCCAUUUGUUAUACAGGAAAGAGGUAAACGUCUUUCUGCUCAUUACCUUCAGGGACGGUAGAUGUAUAUAGGAAGUUGGGGGGCGGGGUGGGGGGCGGGGUGGGGUCAUGACUAGAUACACUGAAUUUUGCUCAGUUAAUGACAAUGUGAAUCGAAUGCCAAUCGUCCAGGGCAAUAACAUUCUGCGGAAGAUAAUGAACCUCAUUUGGGACGGAGGCCAUCUUCUUGGGUUUAGCAUUCUUGUGGGAGACGCAGGAGAGAGGACAAAAGCCUACUACGGUCUGGCUUGACGAUUGCUUUGUCGGACAGGAAAUAUUCUGGGAUGCGCUUCCACUCCUGGUGUUACGGAUGCUGGCAUUCUAGCAGAAGGGCAGACGGAAGGCUAUAGUGUACUUAACGUUGUUAAAUAGGGUAGCUUGCAAUUUAACUUCAAAAGCAGCAGAGCACUAUUAAAAAUACUUACAAGGAACAGAAAAAAAAAGCUGUGAAAUAUGAAAAAAAAAAAGGUCUAAGCUGCGAGGUUGGAAGUAGACAGGAACGGAGAGCUUGUGAAUACUAAACAGCUGCUGGGCUUGCUCUUUGCCUUCAAAGCUAGGCCAAAAUCUGAGCCAUUACAAUGGGAGACACUGACUGUUUAAGUGUUCGUUUUGGGUUCAUAGGAGGAAGGAAGGCCAAGGGUGGGCUUCUUUGGGGUCUCCAUAGUUGACGGGGCGGGGAAAUCGGGGUGUGUGUGUGUAUAGAUCUGCAUUGCAUGAUCAUUUGCUGCUCCAAAAUGGAUGGCACAUAUAUCAUUUCAGUCUUUCCACGACAGUGUCCGUUGCUCGGCAUCUUUGCUGGCUUCUGGAACGUCUUAAGAGGCACGGGCUCAAUGCCAGACGGCGCCUGGACCUUUAUAAAUAAACAACUAAACAAACAUACGUCGCGUUUGCCUUCCCCAUGCACUUUUUUUAAAUACAAAAAAAUAAUUUUUUUCUCAUAAGCUUCGGAAAGGUUUAAAGUUGUAAUCCUACGCAGGAAGACCUAGUGAUCUGCAGAAGAUUUGCUUCUUCGCAUAAGUCGGCAUAGGAUUGUACCGCAUGGGAAGCAAAAGUGAUUUGGUUUUGUGAGCCUCGGGGUGAAUAACUGUCUUUGUUUCCUUCGGAGUCCUGAAUCCUCUGUAUUUAUUGUUUUAUAAUAGGGAAACAACAAAGGAUCAACUGAUAUACUUGAGUACACACAAGAGCAAUGAAUGGGAUUUUUACCUGCUGCUAUACGAAAAUACUUUUAGAACAAAAUCUAUACUAACGGCGGGGCGGAGGGAGGGAGAUCUUUCUUCUGUUCGUUCACCAUUGCUUUACAGUGAUGUUGUGCAUGCCAACAGCAGCAUCGUGUCUUUCGACAACAGACACAAACUUAGAACAGCUGAUUGUAAAGAUUAAAAUUACAGUUCACUCACCGUGCACAAUUCUCAAGCACAUUCCCUCCUCUUCCUCCUCCUCCGUCCUCGCCCUCUCGCCAUCACGCAGGCCCCGGCUCCUCCCGAUCAAUGUGCUUCAUCUCAAAACUUCUGGAUCAUUUCUGAUCUUAACUGUACACAGUUGUUAAGAGUUUAGCUCUGUUUGGAAAACCGUUGUUUAAUGAAAAAAAAUUCAAAAGUGGGGGGAAAAAAAUACAAAGAAAAAAAGUGUGCCAUUUUUUUUCACUUGAAAUUCUUCAUAACUGUACAUUUUGGGGAGGGAGGGGAGAAGAGAAAAAAAUAGAAAACCUGCUAAAUUCUACAUGUCUGUGUAUGUUAAGGUUUUUUGGAAUUUUUUCUUUAUUUUUUAGUGUGCAAUCUCUUCUGUAGAUAUUUGUUGACCAAAACUGGUAUUAUGAUUAUUGCUUAUUAUUACUUAAAUUAAUUUAUAAAUGGUCUCUUUUUUGUAUGUAUGUGUAUUAUAGUGUGUUUGUAAGUAUGUGAGGUUUAUAAAUAUAAGACUGUCACAGAGCUGUGUGUGCCUGUAACUUAACCCCUCCCCCUUUAUUUUUAUUUAUUUUUGUACUGUGCUGAUUCAAAAUAAAAUGCACUGACCAUCCAUUACAGAAA